AUGGCACAGGAAUUCAAGCUCAAGGGCUUGACGAGCAUCGAUCUCAAGAACGGACAGAAGCAAGAAGCAGAGGUGGAGGGAAUUGAGAACGGAAAGGUGUUGCUCGUCAAGGUUGAGGACCAAGUGCAUGCCCUCAACCCCAACUGCACGCAUUACGGUGCUCCAUUGAUGAAGGGUGUGGUGACUGGCGAUGGCAGAAUAACGUGCCCAUGGCAUGGAGCUUGCUUCAAGGUGUCAACCGGUGAUGUCGAGGAUGCACCUGCUCUCGAUCCACUGCACAGAUUUGAUGUGCUCGUAAAGGACGGUGGUGUAUUCAUCAAGGGACAAGAAAGCCAGAUCAAGGAAGGUAGACGCACACUCAAAUUCAAGACCAAGACUCAGUCGAAGGGUCAAGAGAAGGUCGUCAUCGUUGGUCGUGGAGCUGGUGCGACUGGUGCAAUGGAGGCUUUGAGGUAUGAAGGCUUCGACGGUCCCAUCACGACCAUUGCCACAGAAGAUUACCGCCCCAUCGAUCGCACGAAGCUUUCCAAGGCCCUCAUCACCGAUUUAUCGAAGGUUGCCUGGCGAUCUGAGGAGUUCUACAAGGACGCUGGCAUUGAGAAUGUUACAGACAACGUCACAUCCAUCGACUUCGACGGCAAGAAAGUCAAGACCGAGUCCGGCAAAGAGCACGACUACACCAAGCUCAUCCUCGCCACCGGCGGUAUUGCGAAGUUUCUGCCUAUGCCAGGCCUCAAGGGCGAUUUGGAGAACGUCUUCGUCAUCCGCCAGCUGAACGACGCCCAAAAGAUCAUGAGUGCAGCAGGUAGCGAGGGCGGCAAGAAGGUCGUCGUGAUUGGAAGCUCUUUCAUCGGCAUGGAAGUCGCGAAUUGCCUUGCGAGCCAGAAGCACAAGGUUCACGUCAUUGGUAUGGAGUCGCAACCCAUGGAGAACGUUCUCGGGGCCGAAGUCGGCAAGGUGUGCAAAGCAUUGCUAGAGAAGAACGGCGUGAAGUUCCACCUCAAUGCCUCCGUUGACAAGGGCGCCGAGAGCGAGAAGAACAAGGGCAAGAUCGGGAAAGUCCUUCUCAAAGAUGGUACAGAGCUGGAAGCCGAUCUCGUUGUCGAGGGCGUAGGUAUCCGUCCCUCGACAGACUACCUCAAGGACAGCAAGAGCGUGCAGCUCGAAAAGGACAAUUCGGUCUCCGUCGACGAGUCCUUCGCCGUAAAGGGCAUCAAGGACGUCUUCGCCAUUGGUGAUAUCGCAACAUAUCCCUACAACGGACCCGGCGGCAACGGCAAACCCGUCCGCAUCGAGCACUGGGAUGUAGCACAAAACAUGGGCCGCAGCGUCGCAUCCACCAUCGCCAAGGGCACAAAGGGCAAAUCUUUCAUUCCUGUCUUCUGGUCCGCGGUUGGCUCGCAGCUGAGAUACUGCGGCAACACGAUGGCGAGUGGGUACGAUGACGUAGUUAUUCAGGGCGAGACGGACACGAGUGAUGGGAAGCAGAGUUUUGUUGCGUAUUAUUGCAGUGGUGAUGAGGUAGUGGCGGUCGCUUCGAUGAUGAAGGAUCCGUAUAUGACUCAGAGUGCGGAGCUCAUGAGGAGAGGCAAGAUGCCGAAGAAGAGUGAGCUGAAGAAGGGCGUUGAUAUUACGGAGAUCUCGGUGCCUGCUGGGGUCAAGAGGGCUCAGGCAGUACGUCUCUAUGCUGCAGCUGAAAGUCCUUCUAAGCACUGA